AUGGAAAGGCUACGCGAACUCACUCAGCGGAUCAGACCCUCAGAUGUGGACGAGGGCCGCAUCGGAUCCAUCGAGCUGAAUGUCUGGCUCGCUCAAUUGACGGGACUUCCCCUCUUCGGACUGAAGCCGGAGACCAAGGCCGAGAGCAUCCGCCUCCUUGUCGUCAGUGGAGUGGUACUGCCGUUGCUCUUCUGCUAUGUGGUUUUGGAGAUCUACGAUCUGGUGCUCAAUUGGGACAAUGUGGAUAUCAUGACACAGAAUAUGGUGAUGACAUUGACCCACGUGGGGUAUUGGUUCAAGGUUCUCAACACAUUCUACUACUACGAGGACAUUAGGCGGAUAGUUUUCACGCUGAAACACCUCACUAGAACCUGCGUUCUAUCCCCCGGGCAGAGGGAGACCUUCCAUCAGCUGGAAGUGGAGAAUAAGGUAGUUUGUCUCUUUUACUUCUCCCUGGUGGUGUUUUCCUCCACGCUCGCCAUGGUCAUGCUUCUGAUUGUGCCGGAUAAUUUGGCCGGAAAGCGGUUCCCCUAUCGCGUCCACAUGCCCCACUUCCUGCCACCCAUCGUCCAGUAUCUGUACAUGGGCCUGAGCAUUAUCUGGAUAUCGUGUGGGAUCCCGACCAUCGACAACGUCAACAUGCUGUUUAUGAAUCAGAUAUGCAUGCACCUCAAGAUUCUCAACAUGGCCUUUGAUGUGCUUCAGCGCCAAGUGGAUCCCAACAUCUGGAUGGUUUCGAUUGUGAAGUACCACAGCGUCUUGAUCAACUUGCGUCAGCGACUGGAGCAGAUAUACCGCCUGCCCGUCUUGUUCCAGUUUGUGUCGUCGCUUCUGGUGGUGGCCAUGACCGCCUUCCAGGCGAUGGUGGGCGAUGGUUCCGGGAGCUCGGUGCUCAUCUACUUCCUCUUCGGCGGCGUCAUGUGUCAGAUAUUCCUCUACUGCUGGUUCGGCAACGAGGUCUUUGAGCAGAGCAAAACCCUAUCGACUUCCGCCUUUGGCUGCAAUUGGCACGAAUUCGAUGCUCAGUUCAAGAGGACUCUCCUCAUCUUCAUGAUCAAUGCGGAUCGACCGUUCCUCUUCACCGCCGGCGGUUUCAUGGGCCUAACCCUGACGAGCUUUGCCAAUAUCCUGGGCAAGUCGUACUCCAUUGUGACAGUGCUCCGUCACAUGUAUGGCAGGGCCCAUUAA